AAUGUCAUACUUCUUGAAUUCAUAGCUUCGUUGAUGUCGAACCUUGUUUUUGAGGAUACUAUUCACAAACAAUGAUCGAUUAUAACAUCAUCAAAAUAAAUCCUACUUUCCCUAGCAAGAUUAGCAGAGAUUACAUGGUCACAACAUAACCGUAGAGCAUACUACGUAUGCAUAUAUAAAAAGAAUAGUAGACUUUUAUAAUAUUAAUUAGAAAAUAAUUUAUAAAUGAUCAUUUGCGAAACAUUAUUAUUUUGUCAUAGAGAUUUACGCAUACGCCGCUUGACACUUGACAGCGGUAGUAGAUAACAAGUAAAUAUUGUGACAUUUUCCCUCGAUACAACUAUGACGUGACGCAUUUUUUCAUUAUGACGUCAUAAAGUGUGAAGUGCAUUGAGGUAUAUCAAGAGUUAUCUCCCUGUUGUUGCAAACCUUAUAUUACCUUAAAACCACCCCCUUCCCCUAUAAAUUGAUAAUCGUUUCCUUUCACCUCAUUGUCCUGCAUAAAUUUGCCUGAUAAUCGAAAUUUCAUGGAAAUGAAUGGCAGCGACGGAUCUCAGUAGAAAAUUUUUAAUGGGGGAUGGGUUGCGGCCCAAAUUUGUACCUUUCUGCCCAAGAAAGGGGGAUUGAGGGCCGGCCCCAUGGUCAAUAAAAUAACCGUUAAAAUUCCAACCAAGGGAGUCCCUGAGUUGGAAACCCCCGCACCCCCUCCCACUGAAUGAUGACAACUAAAAUAUAUUCAUCAAACUUAUGCUUAUGCAGAUGCUUCAUCAAGAUGGAAUAGAAAGAGAUUCUGAGGUAACUCGGGGUCAAUUUUUAUUUUUUUAUUUUUUAGUUUUCAUACCAUGAAAGUUGUUAUCCUCACCCCUUGUAAACAUACUUGUCGUGCAUUUAAUAUGUUUAUCAGUGUCACAUUUCUUCUUCCUCUAUAGUAUAAUCUUGUAACAUUUGUCUAUUUUUAUUUCAAUGUCGAACAUCUGUACCAAUCAUUUCUUUAUUUUUUUAAUUUAUUUUUUAAAUGAUUAUUUUUUUUAAAAUAUGCGUCACUUUUACAGCUGUUUUAUGUACGCCUAUAUCUGUUUUGAAGUACAAAAUGCGUACCCGUCUAAAAUUGAUUAAUCGUAUCGUGUUACAUGUGAAUUAAUAUUUCAUCCUUGCUCGAAAUUGAUUUGUUAUAUUCUGUGCAUGAUUGUUUUCAAAUCGAAAUACAAGCAGAUUUAGUUUCUAAUAUAACUUACGUACAACUUAAUUAUCAUGUAUCCUCAACCGGAUGUGGAUGAAGUGAAAGAAACAACAGCGAAGACAAACCGUCGAGAAGUUGAAGAAAUAGACUGUCACCAUGAAUCCAUUAAAUAUAUGGAGAAUUAGUGAAUAUCAACUUGGUUAAUGAUUAGAGAUGGCAAAACGGAAAUCUCGCGGAUUCUGUUUUCUGUAUUACGAAGAUCAAAGGAGCACUGUGUUGGCUGUAGAUAACCUGAAUGGAAUUAAGCUCCUCGGUAGAACCAUUCGUGUUGACCAUGUGGAGAAAUACAAAGUCCCCAAAGAACAUGAGGAUGAGGACGAAAUGACAAAGAGGCUGAGGAUGGAGAGAAUUGCCCCCAAAUUGGAGGAGGGGGAGGACAGUGCCUCUGAGGAGGAUUAUCCCAUUCCUUUAAAGAAAAACAAGAAAGAUAAAAAAGCAAAGAAGAAAAAAAAAGAAAAUGAAGACAAAGAAACAUAAAGAAAAACAUGAGAGUGAAAGUGAAGAUUCUGAAAAAAGAAAAGGUGAUCAAUCUCCAAAAUCAAAGAAAUUACACGGUGAAAAAGAGGCA